AUGUAUCUGUUUAUUUACUUCUACCUCCUAAUGAGCUUUUUUGAAGAAGUGCGUGGUUUUUGUCCUUCACAAUGCACUUGCGUUUACCAUGGCAGAAGUGAUGGCACUGGAACAAGGUCUGUGCUCUGUAAUGAUCCUGACAUGUAUGAGAUCCCUGUGAAUGUUCCUGUGGAUACUGUAAAACUUCGUAUAGAGAAAACUGUCAUACGAAGGAUUCCGACUGAAGCCUUUUACUACCUAGUAGAUCUCAAGUACCUGUGGGUAACUUACAACUGUGUAGCCAACAUUGAUAUCAGCAGUUUCUAUAACUUGAAACAACUGCAUGAGCUACGUCUGGAUGGUAAUCUGCUCUCGACUUUCCCUUGGGAAUCGCUGGCAGAGAUGCCCAACCUACGGACUCUUGAUUUACACAACAAUAAAGUGACCAGCAUUCCCGCUGAUGCUGGCCGGUACCUGAGAAACCUCACCUACCUGGACAUAUCCAGCAACAAGCUAACCACCUUGCCGUCAGACUUGAUGGACAUUUGGCCCCCCUUCUCAGAAACUGUCCUGUCCAAGAACACAGACAUUCUGGCGACCCAGAGAGUCAUUUUGGGUUUGCAGGACAACCCAUGGUUUUGUGAUUGUCGCAUUUCAAAGCUAAUUGAAUUUUCCAAAAUUGUGGACAACUCGGUUGUACUUCUUGAUCCAUUGGUUUCAUGUAGCGGACCUGAGAGCCUGGCAGGAAUCUUGUUCCAGAGAGCUGAGUUAGAGCAGUGUCUUAAACCAUCUGUGAUGACGUCGGCAACAAAAAUCACUUCCCCACUGGGAAGCAACGUUCUGCUACGCUGCGAUGCGACUGGGUACCCAACACCACAGCUUACUUGGACUAGGUCAGACAAUAUACCACUGAACUAUACAGUAAUUCAAGAAACACCUGGAGAGGGUGUCAGAUGGUCCAUAAUAAGCUUGACAGGGAUUUCAUACAAGGAUGCGGGAGAAUACAGGUGUAAAGCCAAGAACUCUGUCACAGUGGUUGGUGUAGUUACUACAACUGUGUCACCGCAGAAGUAUGGAAGGAAGCAAGAGGCAGAGAGACAGAAUACCACUCAGGAGGAUUCCAAGCAGGAACCUGAGAGGACAACCACACCUCUUCCCACCACACCAACCACCACAGCACUGGUUAGCACUGAAAGAUCAACGAGCAUCAGGUUUACUGACAAGAAGCAAUCGAGGCCUGUGUUUGAUGGAAAGAAAAAUUCAAAGGCAGUGACAAAUGGAAACAAAAAUAUGGAUGAGCAAGACGUUACUGUAAAGAACCUAAGAGUGAUCAGUGAAACUGAUGAAAGAGUGACCUUAACUUGGAAAACUGUCAAUGCCACAAGCAACUCUGCAGUGACUGUGUUAUACUCAAAGUAUGGUGAGAAAGAUAUGUUGCCUCUGAGCACUGAUUCUAGCAAAAACAAAGUCACAAUUGAUGGUUUGCAACCUAGUACUCAAUAUAUGGCAUGUGUCUCACCCAAAGGAGUGCCACCUACAGAAGAACAGUGCAUUAUUUUCUCCACUGAGAGGUUAAAUGAUGAAAGCAGCUCGCAGUUUUCUAUUCUGAUAUUGGCCAGCAGUGCAGCAUGUGUGGUUGUUUUACCUUUGAUCUUUUUCUUACUCUACAAAGUUUUAAAACUUCGUGUGAAACCGAAAACUGCGAAGGAAGCUGACCUUGCAAAAGAGACCUAUGUGAAAUUUGAAACCCUGUCUCUGAAGCCUCGAACAGUGAAUGCAGGAGAGCAGCUCUGGGCACGAAGGUACACAGAUGAGUCGGAAAGACUUCUCCUUUGUUCUAGGUCAAGCAUGGAUUCUCAGAUGACCUUCAAAAGUGAGGGCUCUAGGUCUGAGUAUCUGUGUUGA